UCCCGGGAUGUGUCUCCGCCGUACGACGGGCUAUGGCCACCACGACUUCCGGGUUCCGUCAUUUCGUUCUCCCGCCGCCGACCCGCGCCGCCAAACUGAGGCUCUUCUAUAAGCCAGGCAGCAGCCAACCUGCCAACACCUACUGACACUCACUCAUCUCCCAGAGAGAGAAAGAGAGCGAGAGAGAGCGAGCGCGAGAGAGCGAGCGCGAGUGAGAGCGAGCGAGCGAGCGAGAAAGAGAGAGAGGGAGAGACAAAAUACCUACCAGGAAAGGGGGGGAGGAAGUCCAAUUUUUGCAAACUAUUCGUUUUUUUUCUUGAUUUUUCCCCUCCUGCUUUCUUUGAACGAUACUUUAAAGAGAGAGGAUCAUAUUAUAGAUACAGCGGGGGCAAAGCUAAAAGAGGGGGGAGGGGGAGGAAAAAAUACAAGAAGCAGAAACCCCUCGCGGAGUUUUACUGGAAGAAAAAAACGGGUCUGAAAGAUUCCUCCUCUUCAUCAUCAUCAACCAUCAUUCAUUCACUACCUUGACAUUCCGGGCUUUGAUUGACAGCUGGAGUGGCAAAAAGCCAUGAAACACGACAGUUCGGUUACAUGUGGGCUGCUGACGGGCCGCUCGUAACCUUCAGUUCGGGGGCUUGACAAUUUUUUUUUCUUCUUUUUCUUCUUCUUUUUCUUUUUUCUUUUUUUUUUUUUUUUCCAACUGAGGGGAAGAGAAGAGAAAGAGGGGGAAAGGAGGACCGAAGAGGAGGAGGAGGGGAGGGGGGAGGAGGAGGAGGUGGAGGAGGAGGAGGAAGAUCAGGAGGAGGAGGAAGAAGAGGAAAAAAGAGAAAAAGAAGAAAUAUCACAGGAAAAAAAAAAAAAAAAAACUCUUCGUUGUCUUGCCUGGGCUUUUUUUUUCCCCCUAAAAAUAACAUUGGAAAAUUGGGAGAAGUCUCCUUGGUUUGGAAAAAAAAAAAAAAAAACAGGAAUCUUCAGCCUAGAUCACUUUCUUAUCCGGACUGGGAUAUUAAAUAUACGACACAUCCAGGAGUUUAUUGGAGCGCAGACUGAUGGCGCAAAGGUACGAUGAGCUGCCCCAUUACGGCGGGAUGGACGGAGUAGGGGUGCCUGCUUCCAUGUACGGAGACCCCCACGCGCCGCGGCCGAUCCCCCCGGUUCACCACCUGAACCACGGGCCGCCGCUUCACGCCACGCAGCACUACGGCGCUCACGCCCCGCACCCCAAUGUCAUGCCGGCCAGUAUGGGAUCCGCUGUCAACGACGCCUUGAAGCGGGACAAGGACGCGAUCUAUGGGCACCCGUUGUUUCCUCUGUUAGCUCUGGUCUUUGAGAAGUGCGAGCUGGCGACCUGCACUCCGCGGGAACCCGGAGUGGCCGGCGGAGACGUCUGCUCCUCCGACUCUUUCAACGAGGACAUCGCGGUCUUCGCCAAGCAGGUUCGCGCCGAAAAGCCACUUUUUUCCUCAAAUCCAGAGCUGGACAAUUUGAUGAUACAAGCAAUACAAGUACUAAGGUUUCACCUUUUGGAGUUAGAAAAGGUCCAUGAACUGUGUGAUAACUUCUGCCACCGGUACAUUAGCUGUUUGAAGGGGAAGAUGCCUAUAGACCUCGUCAUUGAUGAAAGAGACGGCAGCUCCAAGUCGGAUCACGAAGAACUUUCAGGCUCCUCCACAAAUCUCGCUGACCAUAAUCCUGCAUCUUGGCGAGACCACGAUGAUGCAACUUCCACCCAUUCAGCAGGCACCCCGGGGCCCUCCAGUGGGGGCCAUGCGUCCCAGAGUGGAGACAACAGCAGUGAGCAAGGGGAUGGUUUAGACAACAGUGUAGCUUCACCUGGCACAGGUGACGAUGAUGAUCCAGACAAGGACAAAAAACGUCAGAAGAAAAGAGGCAUUUUCCCCAAAGUAGCAACAAAUAUCAUGAGAGCAUGGCUCUUCCAGCAUCUCACACAUCCGUACCCUUCCGAAGAGCAGAAGAAACAGUUAGCUCAAGACACAGGACUUACGAUUCUCCAAGUAAACAACUGGUUUAUUAAUGCCAGAAGAAGAAUAGUACAGCCCAUGAUUGACCAGUCAAAUCGAGCAGGUUUUCUUCUUGAUCCUUCAGUGAGCCAAGGAGCAGCGUAUAGUCCAGAGGGUCAGCCCAUGGGGAGCUUUGUGUUGGAUGGUCAGCAACACAUGGGAAUCCGGCCUGCAGGUUUGCAGAGCAUGCCAGGGGAGUACGUUUCUCAGGGUGGUCCUAUGGGAAUGAGUAUGGCACAGCCAAGUUACACUCCUCCCCAGAUGACCCCACACCCUACUCAAUUAAGACAUGGACCCCCAAUGCAUUCAUAUUUGCCAAGCCAUCCCCACCACCCAGCCAUGAUGAUGCACGGAGGACCCCCUACCCACCCUGGAAUGACUAUGUCAGCACAGAGUCCCACAAUGUUAAAUUCUGUAGAUCCUAAUGUUGGUGGACAGGUUAUGGACAUUCAUGCCCAGUAGUAUAAGGGAACUCAAGGGAAAAGGAAACACACGCAAAAACUAUUUUAAGACUUUCUGAACUUUGACCAGAUGUUGACACUCAAUAUGAAAUUCCAGACAGCUGUGAUUAUUUUUUACUUUUUGUCAUUUUUCAUCAAGCAACAGAGGACCAAUGAGACAAGAACACAAAUGUGAAAUCAUGGGCUCACUGAGACAAUUCUGUCCAUGUAAAGAUCCUCUGGAAAAAGACUCCGAGAGUUAUAACUACUGUAGUAUAAACAUAGGAACUAAGUUAAACUUGUACAUUUCUGUUGAUCACUCCGUUAUGUUGCCUCAAAUAGUUUUAGAAGAGAAAAAAAAAAUAUAUCCUUGUUUUCCACACUAUGUGUGUUGUUCCCAAAAGAAUGACUGUUUUGGUUCAUCAGUGAAUUCACUAUCCAGGAGAGACUGUGGUAUAUUUUAAACCUGUUGGGCCAAUGAGAAAAGAACGACGCUGGAGACCUUGGUGAACGUUUGGCUGAACCUCAUCCCUCGGACUCCGGCUUCAAGAAUGUGUUUUCAUGCCCGGCCUUUGUUCCUCCAUAAAUGUGUCCUUUAGUUUCAAACAGAUCUUUAUAGUUUGUGCUUCAUAAGCCAAUUCUUAUUAUUAUUUUGGGGGACUCUUCUUCAAAGAGCUUGCCAAUGAAGAUUUAAAGACAGAGCAGGAGCUUCUUCCAGGAGUUCUAAGCCUUGGCUGUGGACAAAACAAUCUUAAGUUGGGCAGCUUUCCUCAACACACAAAAAAGUUAUUAAUGGUCAUAGUACCAGAACUAGGACUUUAUCAGAAACUCAAAGCUUGGGGGAUAAAAAGGAGCAAGAGAAUACUGUAACAAACUUCGUACAGAGUUCGGUCUAUUAAUUGUUUCAUGUUAGAUAUUCUAUGUGUUUACCUCAAUUGAAAAAAAAAAAAGAAUGUUUUUGCUAGUAUCAGAUCUGCUGUGGAAUUGGUAUUGUAUGUCCAUGAAUUCUUCUUUUCUCAGCACGUGUUCCUCACUAGAAGAAAAUGCUGUUACCUUUAAGCUUUGUCAAAUUUACAUUAAAAUACUUGUAUGAGGACUGUGACGUUAUGUUAAAAAAAAAAGUGUUAAGUCACAAAAUGCGGUAAUAAAUAUUUCAUUUUUGA